AUGCGGUGCGCACCGGGUGCGUGUGUCCCAUGCGCCCAGAAGAAGCGCAAAUGUGAUCGCCUUCUACCCGUGUGCUCGCGCUGCAGCAGUGUCCGGACAAAUGAAUUCUGUCGGUACAAAGAUGUGCCCCAGCCCAUUGACCUAGUACGACAGUCUAAAGUAUGUGUCUACGACACUAUUCCGGCGCACAAGGGUACAGCCAAGUCGCCUUACCAAAUAUCCAAUGUUGUGAGAGCCAAGGCACAUCUGCGAACCCUCUACGGGCCGGAAAUCCGGACUAUCUACCCGUCAUACUGGAUGCUUUGUGCUCUGGGCGACCCGUGCCUCUUCCACGCGACCAUCUUCGCCGCGUCGGCGCACAUGGACGGAUUACUCGGCAUUGCUAAUAACCCACGCACAAUCUACCACCAGCUCCAAGCAGUCAGACUGCUUCGUGAGAGACUAACGCAACCGGAGUUUCGUGUCAAUUAUGAAACAAUAGGGGCAGUCCUGGGGUUAGGCUUCUUCGAUAUAGUCAUUGGAAACGUCGAUGGCUUCCGGGCGCACAAUCAGGGCCUCAUUCAGCUGUUGACGAGGAAGCAUGACCAAGGACCGGAGACUGAGGCGUUGAUGGGCCUGGCUAACAUGACACACUUUACCCUCUCAAUGGUCUCACAUACCGAUGCCCUCUUCCUCCCCCACUCGACGAUAUCACGCGACGGAAGUGUCCAUCCCGUCCAUCCUCUGUCGGGGAUCUCCCCCUCGACCCUUCUCAGCCGAGUCCUCGCGCGCGCUGCUGCCCGCACCGAUACCUUCGCGCCACCAGUGUUGACCCCGGAGACCGUGCUCGACCUCAUCAGCACAGCACGCGUAGUGACCCAACAAGACACGAAAACCCCUCUCCACGAAUCCCUCACUGACACAACAGCAGCAGCAGCAGAAACGAUACUAACUCUCGGCGCUGACGCUCUACGACGCGCAUCUUUCUUCCCUUCACUGGGGAAUAAAUGCACAACGGCUCAAAACAUGAAUAAAUGCGUUCAGCUGGCCGCGAAAAUCUGCCGCAAUCUCCUCCUGCGCACUGCACGAACCGAAGCAAGCACAUCCCUACCACCAACAAAAAUGACGAAGACAAGUAGAACAACAAAGGUAAUAACACCAAUAAUAACAACAAGAAUACCUACUUCCUCUACCACAAGACCCCAUCUCCUGCACGAUGACAUCUCGCUCCUAAAAGCCACGCUCCCGAAAAUCGACUUCAUCUCGUGGUUGCAGCACGCGCCGGAGGCAUAUGUCUGGGUGUGCUUCACAGCCGCAGCCUCCGCGGCAGCAGCUUCCCGCAGAGAAGGGGAGAGAAGUGGUGAGGGUGACAAUGACGACUGGACGUCGUUUAUCCUUACGCCCAUGCCGGUGAUUACGGCGACAGACUCGGCAGAGCUUCGUCUGAUGCGGGAGGGGUGGGCGUAUGUGAGGUGGUUGCGGGGGAAGUGUGAAGCGGGUGUUGAACUGGAAACCACGGAUUAG